CAUAUGAGUGCACCGGAUUAUUCUUAGUGGAAAUACCACAGCUAAGUACACAAAUUAAAUAAAGCAUUUAUUGGCUGCAUCUGGAAAAUCAGUUCCAUCAAAUCUUAUGUAUACCCCAGAAGAUACGGUGUCUGACGAUAUCAUCAAGGGUGUUAUACAAAGCCUAUCAUUAUCGGAAGGAAAGCCAUUCAAGAAUGAAAAUACUAUGAUGAACAGAUUAGAUGGCAAUAUAUCGUUGGCAGCUGUUGCAUUUACUUUUACAACGAAAGAUUGCCUUAAUGUUAGCCUACAUUUCCCGAGUGAGUUUCGUACAUUAGAACCAAACCAUGAAGGUCAGAAAUUGUGGGCAACACGCUGUAGCGGUGUACUUGAUAAGACCGCAAGCGAAAAGGGAAAUAUUACAGAGCAUGAUUUGUAUAUGCGGGAAGGUUUCCUUCAAUUACAACACCACAUUUUCCUUCAAUGGUUAGAAAAGCAGCACACAAAAGAUAUAAGUACUUUACGGGUUUCAAUGCGAGCGUUUCAACAAAAUACCAAAUCGAAAAUGUGUUCCACAACAGCCGAAUCAAAUUUGUUAAUGCUUCUAUACAGCUUUACUUUCUUUUUGCCUUUUUUAAAUCUGCUUUGGACAUAUGGACGCGAGCGAGAAGAGAAUAUAUUAGCUCAUCACUGGAGAUAUGGCUUUGACUAUGCCAAAUAUUGGAUGGGCAAUGCGAUUGUGUCUUUCAUUCAUUUGUUGCUCUUGGAUGUAAUCAUAGUGAUUUUGGUCUUAAUUCCCCUCGAGGGAAAAUUCAUUGGUUCUCCACUCCGGCUAAUUAUCUUCCUAAUAAUAUACAACAUCUCGCUGUUGAUUUCUGUCGUAUUUUUGGUAUCAGUUUCGAAUAAGGCUCGGCAUGCUGUAUUAUUUGGUGCCGCAAUCUGGCUAAUUAUGUUUUCCCUAUUCUCGCUUUUAGUGGAACAUUACAAAAGUAUGACUGCGACAUUGGCCAUUUGUUUCAUGGCAUUUUUCAAUAAUGGCUUUGCAUAUGCAAUGCGAGAAUUUCACGAAGGAGAUGAUACUUUAUAUCCUAUUAUCACUACUGUUGGAUGCUGCCUUUUGUAUUGGAUACUAAUAUCGUUAGCUGAGUAUUUUAAUCCAGGUCUAUAUAUAAAGACUCUACCCUUUAGUUUAUGUUGGUCUGGCCACUGUCUUACCACAAUGAAUAAACCAGCCCGGAAGUUAAGAGGCAAAAAACUAGAAUUUUUCGUAUUUGAUAAAGCAAGAGUUUGGGAAAACUUUGAAUUUGGAAACAUAAGCUCUGUCGAAGUGAUUCGCCUAAAAAAUGUCCAUACACAAUUUAGUUCGAGAAGAAGGCAGCUUAAAAAUAUCACUAUGCUUAUUUAUGCCAAUGAGAUCACAGUCAUACUGGGACCACAUUGCUCUGGUAAAACAACGAUUAUCGAAAUACUGGCAGGAUGGAACCGACCACCGCUGGGCCAUGUUCAAAUACUCAAUGAAGAUUUGUAUGAACAUUGGGAUAAGUAUCGCCAUCAGAUUGACGUCUGCAUGCCAAAUAAUGCAUUAUUCGAUUUACUUACUGUCGAGGAGACAUUAAUUUACUAUAUGCGUAUAAAAUCUAUGGAAAUGGAUGAUCAAAUAAUCAAUAUGGAAUUGGACGAAUUUUUCGAGUCCGUCAAAACAGCUAAAAUACAACGAAAUACCUUGGUGAAGAAACUAACAUACAGUCAAAAACGUUUGCUUAGUUUGGGCUGUGUACUAGCUGGUGGAACGAAAAUCAUCCUACUUGAUGAACCUACACUACAUAUGAAAGGCAAAGAGCAACGCUUGUUCUGGCACAUUUUACAUAAAGAAAAGACUGGUCGCGCUAUUGUAAUGACUACUUUCGAUGUAACCGAAGCCGAUGCUGUUGGCGAUCGAAUAGCCUUGCUCGGCGAAGGCACUUUACAGUCGUAUGGUACGCCAUUUUUUCUCAAAAGCAAAUUUGGUGUAGGCUGCGAUUUGAUUAUAGUUAAGUCGCCAAAUACAUCUACCGAAGCAAUUACCGAAUUGAUAGGACAAUUUAUACCUGGAAUUAUGCCUGAAAAUGAAAUUGGAGAACUGGUCUACUAUAAGCUGCCAAUUAAUAUGCGGCCUAAAUUUCAAAAUAUGUUGAUACACUUGGAAAAGGAACAACUUAAUUUGGGAAUAGUUGAUUUGCGAGUCCUUGGCAGUGAACUGGCUGAAGUUUACAUGACCUUGGGCACAAAAGACACCAAACAAAUCAUUUUAAAUGACAGACAACUUAUUCAUAAAUUUGUUUCUCGCAAAAACCGCGGUCGUCAACAAAUAUAUGCUUUGUUGAACAAAAAGCUCAUACAUCAAGCACCUAAUUUCAUUCCGCUUAUCACGAUUGGUGUGUCAUUCCUUUUUAUUCUUUUAAUAGCAAUAAUGGCUCAACAUUGUUUACAUAUACCACCAACGCGUUAUAAUCCCAUCGAUUUGGGUGUUACGAAAGAGCUAAAUUUAGAAAACAUGAAAGACUGCAAACAUAUUCAAAUAAGAAGCGUUGUGAAAAGUAAAAAGUUUGGCGAGAAUUCGAUGAAAUUCGAUGAAAAUUCCCUUCACUGUUCGAAAGCAAACUAUGAGAAAUACUUAAAAGAAUCGAAAAGUAUAUCAGACAAGUUUGGUGCAAUAGACUUCGAUGGCGAUAAAUAUAUAUGUUGGUUUAAUCAACGGAUAUUUCAUUCAGCUCCAUUAGUUCUCAAUUUAAUGCAUAACAUUUAUCUUGCCAAGACAAUAACCGAUGAAAAAUCCAUAACUAUCAUACAGAAUCAUCCUAAACCUACUCCAUUACGUGCUAAAAUUCAUUUGCUUGAUCAAGAGAAGACUCAUUUGCUAUUACCGAUGGUAUUGGGUGUUGCUAUACCCAUCUCGAUUUCAUGCUUUAUCGUACCGCUGGUGGAGGAACGCAAAUAUCACUUGUUGAUGCUACAAAAAAUUGCCGGUGUCAGUAUGGCGCGCUAUUGGUGUGUUAACUUUUUGUGGGAUUACGCAACGUUCUUUUCGCAUACUAUCGUUUAUACAAUUAUAUUAGCGUUAGCGCCCAUUGAAGGAUAUUCAUUCUCAGACAAAAUGUAUGCAAUGCUACUAAUGAAUAUUUACGGAAUACCCGGUUUAGGGUUAAUAUAUGUUCUCUCAUUAUUCUUCUAUUGGACAAUGUGGUCUGCGUUUCUAAUAACGGUUAUAAUACAAAUUAUUACAGGCAUAUUUUCGUAUCUUAUUUAUUGGGAUGUCUUGGAAAACAAUGAGAUAUUCUUUUAUAUUUGGUCAAUAUUUCCUACUUUUUCGUUGAUGGAAGGCAUAAGCAACGUAUAUACCCAAACCAAGGAGGAACUGUAUUGUGAUCAGGCAUGUUUGGAGGAUGACGACUGUGAUAAACACGAUAUGUGCGCUGCGCUGCCGCAAUGUUGUCGAUUUGCCAAGCUAACGCUAUCCAAUAAGAAGAAACAAGUACAGAUGGCAGACGCAAAAGAAGGAGACCUUGAAAGAGAUAUGGAACCAGAUAAACGUGUUAGUCGAAAUCUUAUGGAAACACUUGAUAAGGCAAUUGAAAACGAUUCCAUUAAAUGUGUACCUUUGCAUGAAAAUCUUGGCCCUGCUGCAUCCACGCUUUCGAAUCUUGAUAUGCCGUACUAUGUUAAUCCAUUACUACGUAGUGAAAGCAGUGGAAGUAUUCCUAUAACGCAAUCAUGUUUGAAUCAUGAAAGGGAGGAUGUGCAAUCUGAAGAAAUGCAGCCCUUACAAGUAAGUAAUUUGACGGCCGAUGACAAUUUGCUGGAUAUUGAAAUAGCUACUUUGACGAAGAAAGUGUCUGUAAUGGCCGUGACUGCAAAAGAUUUGAAUGUAAAUAGGAAUGAUAACAUAGCUCAUGAAAGUACUUUAUUGAUGUCUACUGAAAGCCAGAGAAUGAGUUGCGAGUACCUACCAAACCGUCUUCGUACUCUGCCCAUAAAUCCUGAAGACGAAGAGCAAGUUCAUAAAAUAGAAUCCCGACAGUCUGUAUGUAUAUCGCUAUCAUCUACUGAAGAUAGCCACAGUGCAAUAACUGUAACUGAUAGUAGUGUUUCGGGCUUCUUGGAGUUUGAUUGUACGACAUCCGAAAUACCAGAAAGUGGUCAUACAGGAGACGCUUUAAUCCCGAACACCUUCAGUAACGAAAAGGCAGACCGGAUGGAAGCUUUUUUACGUGACGUAUCACAGCAGCGUAGAGAAUUGGAAGAAAAUAAAGAAGUAUAUGACGAUAAUUGCACUUUGCACAGAGAUAUUGAUUUACAUGCUUCUAAAGAAAGUGUUAAAGUAGAAGAUGGCAAUAAACAAUUGGGCGGACUGGCAUAUGCUGAUACUGAAUCCAUGACUACUUGUAGCACAGAUUAUCGGAGAUCAGAGGAAUAUGUCAACAUAUUAAGUAAAAAGCGGGAACAAGAUGCCGAGAGAGAAACUUUGUCAGAGGAAAAUCCUUUUCGUGUAUCGGCCAGCCCAAGAACUCAAAAUAUUAGAGAAAAUAAUGAAGACCCUCGUCGUUUAGCAAAUGAUGAGACGCAGGUUAACACAUCCACUUCGCGGUACAUCAAAGAUCAUUGGUUAGCUGAAACACAAAAACAGGAGGCCGACUAUUCCACGGUUAUUAGCGAGCAAAGCUUUAUCUCAGACUCUGUUAAGCUGGAUGUUCCCGAAGAUUCAGUUGUAAUUUCUGAGACAUCUAGUGAAAAUGUAAGUAACCCUUCACUUCAUGAGAGCAGAUGUAGUAGUAGAGAAGGGAAUGCUGAAGAUAGUCAAACUACAAAUUCAGCGAAUGUCCAAAUAUCGCCACAAGUAGAGAUUAGUAGCAUUAAUAUAUCCGCAAAGAUCAACAUUAAAAUUUCAAUAUCGCAGUUAGAUAGCUCAGAAGAGUUAUGUGAAAAUGUCAAUGCAGAAUCAGUUGAAGUAAAUAGUGACGGUAGUUUGGUUAAUAAAGCUCAGGAAGAUGAAAAAAAUAAAAGCACAACAACAAUUGUUAACAACGAACUAUUGGAAGCGACGUGCGACCAACAGAGGCCAGAUAGAAGCAGAUUACAUCCGGCCAAUGCGACAGAGGAAAAUAACAGCGAAAAUAUAAACUCCGAAGAAGAGGAAGACGCGAUGUUCCUCACUCACGCAGAAAGGCUUCUCAACCAGAUAUAUGGGAUGUCGUGGAAAACGCCGGAAGUGAUACGCACCCUUAAACGUACCAGCCGUACCCCUAAAAAGACAGAUGGCACCCCAUCGCCCACAACUUCUAAGGCAUCGACUUCAUUUACAGGAACAAAAUUCGAUAGUAAUGGGAAACAAAACAUUGAGCCUUUUAGCUGUGAAAAGUUAAUGGAUAAAAGUGUCGAGCCAAGUAUAUUGGAUGAUUUCUCCAUUUUUCGUCGCGACAUUGUACGUACGAAUUUGGAUUCUACACGCUUCGUUACACCGAAGCAAGACAAGAACCAAACCAGAACACCAGCUGUAUAUGACAACUUCAGUAGCGAACCGCGCUGCAUAACUCAGCGGAAUAAACAGCACGAUUUUAAAGUUCCAAAAACCGAGGUCAAGAAGAAAUGUUCGUCUAAACGAAAACAAAAUAACGUGGCCUCAGCUGAGCGUUGGCGACAAAUAGUGGAUGAGAGCAGUGAGACGUCAGGUGACAAUGCUUCCGACGAUGACACAUUAGACAAAACAGAAACCCCUGAUUACAGGGGUGGUAAUAAAGAAAAUGAAAUCGAUAAAGAUUCAGAGUGGAGUAUCACAUCUGAUGAUAGUGAUGGAAAUGACUAUGAAAUCCCACUACCAAAGAAAAGCAAUAAAACGCAUGGUAAAAAACAACAACAACACAAUUCCAAUCGCAGAGAACAGGCUAGUUCCACAGGACGUCGACUAGGAAAACCGAAAUCUAAGGACGCCUUGGUAUACUUAGAUUUAUCUAAAGAUGAAGUGACUAUACAAGAAGGUGAACCGACAUCUCCUCCAGCAAAUAAUGAUGCCAAGUUUAACACUCAUUUGGAGGACAUUUUGCGUACCUGUAAGGCUACCGACAAGGCAAAAUUGCCAGCCACUCCAGGUACUGGUGGUAAAUCGAAACGAAAAUUAUUUACUGCUUAUUUUGGCGAAGAGGAUGUUGACUUAACGGUUGGUGAAGAUGGUGUGCAACCUCGUACACCUGUUAGGUCAGCAACAAAAAUUGACGAAGAAGUGAUUUUGCAAGAAAUGGAACAAGUGAAGCUAAAUGAUGGUUCAUCGGGUAGUUUUGCUAUCUUUAAUAAACAUUUAGAAGCCAUAAAACGAGGAGAUCCCGUUUUCAAAUUAACACCACCACGGGCUCCAGCUACACCUAAAUCAACAGAAACCUCAAAAGAGACAAGGACAUUAAGAGAUAAUACAAAAAAGUUGUUAGAUCAAAUUGGCCCUACACCUAAGUAUAAAUACGGAUUUCUCAAAUCCCUUGAUGUGUGUGUUGCCAAAUCACUUUGUCAUCCAGAUGCGUUAUGUUAUCGUGAAAAUUAUCGAACUAAGAAGGAAGAAUUGGCCAAGCUGCUAUACGAGCUUUAUAAUACAAAAUUAUUUCAAAACAAGUUGAAAGUCCCGAUAGAAUGGAACAAAAAACUUUGUAAUACAGCUGGACGUUGCCUAAAUAAGAAAAAAAUGGGCGUGCGAACGAGUUUAGUCGAACUGAGUGAAAAGGUACUUACAAGUGCAGAUCGUUUGCGGUGUACUUUAAUUCACGAAUUAUGUCACGCUGCAACUUGGAUAUUCAAUGGUGAGGGUGGUCAUGGAAGCACUUGGAAACAAUGGGCAUUGAAAGCCAAUCAUAUUUUUCCGGAAAUACCCAAAAUUGGCGUGUGCCAUCAGUACGACAUUGAGUAUAAAUAUACUUAUAAGUGCACUCUAUGCGGGGCGAAGUCACAUGCUCAUUCCAAAUCGAAGAAAGUGGAAAAUAUUAGAUGCUCCUAUUGCCAUGGUGCUAUUGAGAUAUUCUUAAAUAAAAAAGAUAAGGAGGGAAAUAUUUUGCCUACACCAGUUCGCGAACCAACAGGUUUUGCUAAGUUUGUUAAGGAAAACUAUAAGCAAUACAAACGUCCCGAUCUCAAACAUGCCGAAGUUAUGAAGAUUUUAAGUACUGAAUUUGCAGCAUUAAAAGUGCCUAGCAGCGGAAAAUAAAUUGUAGCGGCCCCCUUUUGUUAUAAUUACAUAUCUUUAUUUUACUAGAUUAACCUUUUAAGAAUAAUUUUAUGCAAGAUUUGGGCGUUGUUUUAUAUGCCUUAUAUAUUUUAUUUUAUUUUUAUUUUAACUUUAACAUAUUUCUUA